AUUGCGAGUUCGUUCUGCCGCGUCUGCACGAGCGAAUUUGAUCUCCGGCUACCGUCUUAUCUCGGUACGCAUUCCGAUUGCCUCUCGGUAUAAUUUGCGGGUGUGGGUGCUCAGUUCAAAAUCUACUAGCGAGGAGUUGACUGCGUCAAAAAGAGAAAAAAAAAAAAUAAUAAUCAAGUUCACAAUGUACCCGACGGAUAACCAUUUCGUAAGAUUUUCCACAUGGUACCAAUUUGUGUUGCAUACCGAGGGAUUGAGGCGUCUACUGGGCGUUGGGGUGGUAGUGGGUAGCUUAGCGAGCUUCAUCAGUCCACACAACGCUCUGGACGUGAUAAAUUUUGUGGCCUUCCUAUGUUCGGGACAUCUUCCUCCAGAGCUGGUCCAGGCUCGCGAGUACUUCGAGGGUGUGUUGCCGUCAACGGCGCCGUUCGAGGUGGUGCUCGCCCCAAAUCAUGAAGAGAUCGAGAUGAUCUACGUGUGUCUAUUGAAGAUGUCUGAGAGCAUGACUCGUGCUGAGGCGGCCAGGCGCACCUAGAUCAAUCAUCUCGAGCUGGAUGGAGGAACAAAAAAAAAAAAAAAAAAAAGGACAAAAAAAUAAAAAAAAAACAUUAUUGUUAAAAAAAAAAAAAAAUUUUUUUUUCUAUAUAAAAAAAAAUAUAGUUGUAACGAGAAUGAUGG